AUGGGAUGCUCGGGAUCGAAGGCGCGUGCAGCCCCGAUGGCAGAGACGCGCCCGGACCCGGAGAACGAGGCAGUGGAGAAGCCCGAGGAUGCUCCAUCGCCCGUGAUAGAGGAGGUCUCCGCCGCGAUCCCCGAGGAGCAUCACCCUGAGGCGAAGCAACGGCUCCCUGAGGUGAUGGAAGAGGCGGAGGACACAGAGAAAGAGGCCCACUUCACUCCGGAGCCCCACGUGCCGGAGGUACUGCAGCAGGAGACGGAUGUCAUGCCGGAACCUGUGAAAUCCAUGGACAGGGAUGCGCAUGAUGAUGGAGAGACGGUGACAACGGCACCGAAAGAGGACGACUCGGUGGUGCCUGGAACAGAGGACAAGCUUGAAGAUGCACCGGACUUUCCACUUUGUGGCUUCUGCAGGGGCUGGCAAACAGUCUAA